AUGGCUUCCAUACUUCGCAGCAGCAGACUAUCCCUUCGUGCAAGCUACUCUCCCUUCAUUCGACCGGCAUCGCGUCUUACUUCCACUUCCAAGACCGUCCAGCCCUGGCGCGGCUACGCUCAUAGCUCCUACGGCGGCGAGGGCGAGACCCAGGCUGAACAGCCCAACACCUCCCGCAACGAGCCUACUCGAGACCUCGAGCAUCCGGGCCCGCCCGCCCCAGACGUUGGUGGUGGUUCGUCGAAGAAGUCCCAGCAGUCCAGCAACAACAGUGGCAGCAAGGACACCGGUCAUGGCACUGGCACUGGCGUCGAAAACAAGAGUCACAGCAAGACCACACCAUCCAACAAGGCCAAACCGACCAUCACGGACGGCGAGAAUUCGCCCAAUGCAGAGAUCGACGGAACAGUGGGAGACAACGCAUCGGAGGAUGUCAAGAGACACAACCAGGAGAUGGACCAACGGUACGAUCACGCGUAUAACCAGGUGAAGAAAUAA